GCACAGAGAUGGGGGGGACACUGAGCUGGGUGGGGGCACGGAGCUGUGGGGCCAUUUGGGGUCACCCCAUCAGAGACAUUUGGGAGCAGCAGCUGCAGGAGUACAGGAUGGGGCCGGCUGUGUGGGAUGGGGGCACGGCAGCUUUUGGGGUGGGUAUCGGUAGGGGGGGGCACAGCAGCGCCCUGCCCCCCCUGCAGGACCUGAGCGUGAGGACGGAGCUGGAAGCUGCCAACGGCAGGAAGGUGGCGGCGCUGGAGGUGUUCGCCCAUGCGCUGCGCUUCUUCAAGCAGCACGCCGUGCAGGAGCUGAGGGAGCAGAGCCCGGCGUUGCCAGAGAGCGGGGCCAUCCGCUGGGUGCUCACCGUGCCGGCUGUAUGGAAACAGCCUGCGAAGCUGCUCAUGAGGGAGGCGGCGUAUAGG